ACCUCCUUCGGCCACCUAGCACUUUGGCCCCUUACCGCCCAGCCACCAUGCUUACUUCGUCCUUGUCGCGCAACGGAAAGACCAGGACAAAGUCCGUCCGCUCGCUGAUGGGGCCGCUAUUCGAGCAUCCCGAACGCACCUCCGAGGACCGCGGCGAGUCCGAGGGACUGUCUCGCGAGGCAAACUUGACCGCCAAGCCCAACCACCUCCCUCUGGCCAUCGUUCACCUCCCCGAGUCCAUUCCGGCCGCCUCGAACGUGUCUCCGGGUCUGUGGACCUGGGCCCACAUCACAGACAUGGGCCCGCACGACGGCCUUGAUCGUCAUCUGCGUGAAGUCGAGAAUGCAGAGUGUCUGCGUCGUGCUGCCUGCGAGACGCGCAUCAUCACCCAUGACGGCACCUAUGUCCCAACGCCCCAGGCACUCAAGGACCUCGGCCACGUCGAAGUCAAGCCCCGCCGUCCCGUUGGCGGCUACAAGGGUACAUCUGUGGCUCCCGGAGCCAUCGAGGCUGUUGCCAACGAGCUCAAGGCCCGACUUGAGAGAGACCCGAAUCGUCCGGUCGCCCAGCCAGCAGAGAUGUCUCGCGACAAGCUGGUCCCCCGUCUGUUCGUGCACGUCUCGGAGCUCCAGAUCAAAAGCGGCGGCUUCCAGAACAAGAAGGUCUUUGCGCAGAUCAAAUACGGCGACAGGAUUGCCAAGACCGAGCAGAUCCUUCUGCAUCGCGACCAAAUCACCAAGACCUUUGUGUCUCAGCCACGCGAAGCAUUCAUCAUGGACUACGACGAGGCCGUCCAUGCCGUACGAUUGGAAGUGUUCACUGGAUCUGCCGACCGAGUUGCCGCGUUCUCGCCAGACCUGGGUCUCUCGGCCUCCCCGUCGAUGGACUCUUUUGCAAGCUCUGCCACGGUUACCGGACGCCAGCCUGGGGGCAAGGGCAAAAGAGCGUCCGACGCACUCUCCUUGAUGCUUGGCCAGCGGUUUGGCGGGGCCCAUGCCGCCCAUGCUGGAUCGCCCUUCAGCCUGUUCAACAAUAUGCGCAAGAGUCCAACCACGGCCUCGCUGCAUGGACAUACGCUUGAAGACGGCAUGGACGACGAGCCCAUGUACCUUGGCGAGAUCAUCGUGCCAAUCGUCUACGAUCGAAGCGAUGCCCUCCCACGCAAGACCACCGGAUUGUAUGUUCCCACUGCUGCUGGGAACAGGCGCGAUUAUGUCCAAGUGCUUGUUCAAGUCGGCAUUUUUAUGGACGAACAGUUCCACGAACCUCCAGGCGAGCAGACUCCUGUGGAGGACUUUGCUGACUACAUCAACAUACUGAUUCGCCACCGCGGAGCUGGGACCUGGAGAAAGUAUUGGGGCAUUGUCAGACAGCGAGAAAUCCAGCUCUUUGACUUUGAAUAUGGCGAGAACAAGCCUGUGUGUGCAACUGUUCCCUUGAGCAAUGUCUGCAACGUCAAGCUCGCAGAUCCAGAGCUGAUGUAUGCCCCAUACAGCUUCCAGCUUGAAGUUGAUGCCGAGUUCCAGCGCUCCGGGGCAAAUGCCGAGGAGACGACGGCGUGCUGGCGCAGCUCUGUGGUGGACCAGAUCCCGCCGACCGACCGUCGCCAGCACAGGGGAACCGACGUCGUCUAUGCUUCUGCCGACUCCAAGGAGCGCAUGGAGGCGUGGAUGGCAGCGAUACAGCACCACCUCUCAGAGAUUGUAGCAGAGGAGCACCCACACGGUUAUGCUCCACCUCCCCCCAAGCGCUUCGCUGGUGGUCUUGGUCGUCGGGUUGUUCCGCCUCCGGCCGAGCGCGGAAUGUAGUGAAUACCACUCUGUCGUCCACAGCGGCACUACACGCUUCGUAUAUCGAGAUGCCCUUGCACUGAUAAUAAAGUGG